UUCAGAGUGAAAUACUGCACACAUAAAUCCAGUACAUUUAUUUCAUCCUCAUAUUACAGAUUAAGAUUAGCAAUACGAAACAUAGGUAAUACAAAAACAAGGUAUUCUUAUGGAUAAAGAUUAUUGAUCCCAUGGUGAAAUCCACAAGCUAAACUGCAGUAGGCCUAUAUAGUCUACAGUAAAAAGAAAAGAAAAAAACCUACCACCUGCUAUAUUAAUGCAUCAAAAUAUGCAUAAUAUAAUAUUAAUUGGGCCAGUUACUUGUAAUUGUAUUUAUGAAUUUAUUGUGGGCCUACUUUAGGCAGCUUAGACCCUAUGAUUUGAUUGUAAUACUUUUUGUUUGUUUGUUUGUUUGUUUGUUUGUUUAAAUACAGAGCACAUCCAGACAUCAUCUCUCAAUGGAAAUUAUGAACCAAAAGAAUCCCUUUUAAUCGAAUAUGCAUUUUGUUGAUAAAUAGGUUUAGGAUUUUGAUCUAAGUACUUCUUCCACCACUGUGUAAUGUACAAGCACUCGUGAUAAAAAGUGGUCAAUGUCCGUUAUUGUCUAUUGUGCAAGCUGCGCGAGGACAGGCUCUAUGUAACGGAUUGGUUGGUUAGACAGUCCAUGGGUGACGUCACUCAGUUUUGGGGUCUGGUAGGUGGGGGUGCACACGGCCAUACAAACAAGCUACUUGACUACAUCAUGCCGACCAGAUUUUGGAAAAUCUUUCUUGUUCAUUUCACCGUCACAACUUGCUUUUGCUGCUGUUUUCGUAACGAUGCGACUCAUGAGGAUUUCAAUCUAAACAUACCGGCCAUCGCCAAAUACUUUAGCACGAAAGGGAGGUACGAGGAAGUGAACCCGUAUCUCAUAGACGACAUACUGGCUGUAAACAAAUCUAUUUUACAGCCUCCGUCUGAGCAAUGUCGCGCAAUUCAUCUGACUGCGAUAAUAAGACACGGCACGAGGUACCCGACGACCAAAAAUGUGAAGAAGAUGCGGAAGCUGUACGAGCUGGUGAAGAGCAGCGCCUCGGGCAAAGAGAGCUGGCUGCGUGAGAUCCAGACCCAGUGGACGAUGUGGUACAAUGAGGACAUGGACGGCAGACUGGUCCAGAAAGGUGUGAACGAUCACAAGCAUCUGGCCGUCAGGCUGUCAAAGCUGUUCCCCUCACUGAUGUCAGAGGAGAAGCUCCGAGGAGGAUUCAUCAGAUUCAUAACCAGCUCAAAGCACAGGUGUGUCAACAGCACGCUGUCGUUCAAGGCAGGACUGACAGAGCUCUGGGCUAUCACAGAUCAAGAGUUUAACCAUGCAGAGAAUGAUGCCCUCAUGAGGUUUUUCGACAAGUGCACCAGGUUUGUGCAGGAAGUCGAUAACAACCCAGAAGCUCUGUCAGAGGUGGACAGGUUCAGUCAGGGACCAGAGUUGAGGAGGGUCCGGGAGAAGAUUGCAGACCGCCUCAGAGUCCCCUACAAUGACAUCACAAGUGAUAUGGCUGAAGCUGCAUUUUACUUGUGUGCUUAUGAGUUUGCCAUCAAGACUGUGAACUCUCCGUGGUGCAGACUCUUUGAUGAGAUGGAUGCACAGGUUAUGGAGUAUGCGAAUGACCUGAAGCAAUUUUGGAAAAGAGCCUACGGGUACGAUAUUAACAGCAAGUCGAGCUGCAUUCUCUUCCAUGACAUGUUCGCUCGACUGAACCAAGCAGCCAGUGAGAACAAAUCAGGCCGGCAGGUGACUGAAGCGGUGACAGUCCAGGUGGGUCAUGCAGAGACCCUCCUGCCACUGCUCACCCUCCUGGGCUUCUUUAAGGACAGCAACAGUCUGACCUCAACUAACUACGCCAUGCAGGCACAUCGCUCCUUCCGCACCAGCCACAUGUUACCCUACGCAGCUAACUUACUCCUGGUGCUGUAUGACUGCGGUGGAGGCGACCUGAGACUGCAGCCACUGCUCAAUGAGAAGCCGGUGACUUUCCCCGACAUGACUGAUCAGCAGGCCUCCAUGCCGCUCUAUGAAGACGUCAGAAAUCACUACGGGGAGCUGCUCCAAGGCUGUGACUUUGAGACUGAAUGCCAGCUGUUCAAAGGUCCUGCUGAAGUUUAAGAAAACAGGGAAGUAUCUGGAAAAAAGGGCAUUGUAGUGGCUUUAUUGUGUUUUAUUUGCAAAAUGAAGUGAAAAAUAUUAUCCUAAUAGGAGCAUCUUAGCUUCAAUGCCUCAUGUAAACCAUGAACAAAUCAGUGUUUGGCCUUUUAUUUUUUAUGAAAGAAGAAACAAGGAAGAUUUUUUUUUUACUCCAGUUGUCUAAUGGCAAGAGAUAAAGCAGAUUUGGUUAAUUCUGAAACUGAUACCAGCCUAGCCAUUUAAUUUCAAGUUCACCUGUACCAUUACAGUAUUACUGCUGCGAUGUUGCCUAUUAUUUUUGCGAAGUUUCUUCACAGGAAUUAAGAAGUUUAUUUUUGCAGUGUAUACACAUUUUUUAUUGCUUAAACCUAAUGUGGUUACUCUUAGCUUUAAAGUUAACAUAUUGCGUGGUCAGUAUGAUGUGAUCAUUGGUGGCGUAUACAUUUUAAGUCAAUCUAAUUUUCUAGUAAAAUAUAUUUGGCAGGGCUGAUUCUGGUCAUUUUGGUGGUGUCUGGCUACUCUGAAGUCAAUCAUACUUUGGUUUAAUUCAGCUUCACUUGACACAUAGUACCUUUGCAAGAACUCUUGUCCUUGUCAUGCCCCUUAUUUGGGUUUAUUUGGGAUAUCAUAUAGAGGUUAUUCAUAACUCUUUAUGAUGAACAUUAACCAGGUACGAAUAUCUAUGCAGCUGCACAAUCUCCUAUAAUUUCUGUUCUGACAGUUGGAUAUUAUUACAAUCUGAUUUGACUUCCAGUAUGUACAUCAUAAAUAUAUUUUAAGAUUCUUAAUUUAUUUAUUUUUUGUGUUUUUUUCUUCAUUAAAUAAUGCACUGUGCAUGCUACAGUAAAAAUAUUAAAUUGAUUUAGAUAUUGUUGAUAGCAAAAUA